CUGCAGGGGUGCAACUCCACCCCCCACCACCUCAUCUCAUCCCCUCUCAUCCUCAUUUCAGCACAAAAUGCUCUCGACGAUGCAUCUUAACCUUGACCAGCCGGUUCAUAUGACGCCAUGAAGGGCGAAAUAUCUCGCCGAACCGAGGCAUGCCAAGAUGCGUUUGUGGUUUGUCUCUCAGACCCGAGUCUGACCACGCUCGAAUGGAUCGAGAAUCGACAAGGCGACUUCAAUCUGUGGGCUUCCAGCCUAAAGGCCACCAGCAGCGGAGGCAGGUCCUCGUUGGAUUACCGAGUCAGAGACAGACCCGACGUGAAGGGGGUUAUAUGUGAACUUUUAGAUGGCCUGCUCGAGUCUGUAGAACAACUGGUUACUAUAGCGGAAUCUGGGAGGUCUCUCGGAACAGAUACCGUCCAUUUGACACCAGCCCAACAUGACACUACUACAGCUAACUCGGAUUCCUCCGGGUAUGGAAGCGACUCGGGCUCGCUCGUCUCUGAUGGCGAGGCCGAAAACCCCUUCUCUGAGCAAAAAGAGAACAUUCAGACAAUCCUGAAUGAACUGGCGAGGAUUUCCAUGGCAAUCCGGAAGUCUGGCUCCAAGUAUCGGUAUCAAAAGGCCGACGCUUCUCUUCGAGAAGAAGAAUUUGACGACUUCAAGAAUCACCUUACGGUCCUCAUUCUCCUAGCAUCCGGCGAUGCACAGUCAUAUGCAAAUCAGGAUCCAGAAACGAGAUUCAGCUCUGAAAGGCUCACAUCCGUUCAGAAGCGUCUCAUACACGCCAACAUGAUUCGGAGGAAUCGCAUACAGUACGCAACUCGACAAAUGCGACGGAUUCAAGAUUUGCAGGCCGAAGCGGUGGCACGAGCCCCUCAAACAAACCUCAAAGCACCCAGGGCAUCAUCACCAGAGCUUUCACCGAUCGAGGUUGCACCCCAAAAGUCGGCAGCUUUGAAAGCCGUCUCGGUGGCACCGACGCAGAGCAUAAAAUCACUCUCCUCGCUGGCACCGACGGCAACCGAGAUUGGCUCCGAGUUCAAUUUGCAGACGGUGGUCGCGAAGAAGACGCCGUCCAUCAUGACGAGAGUCACUCAGACUGGCGCCGUCCAGGACUACCCCCGUUGUCCCAGACCGACGAAGGAUGGGAUGCUGCAAUGUCCCUACUGCGCGGACGUGUUGCCUGCCGAGUACUCGAAGAACGAACCCAGAUGGAGGGGCCAUGUCGCUCAGGAUCUACUCCCCUACUCCUGCAUCUUUGAUAACUGCAGUUCCAGCGACGAGAUGUUCCUGACGAGCGACGAGCUGGCAAAGCACAUGCAAAAGGAGCACAGCACCCCCUGCUGGACGUGCGACUACUGCAGUACCUCGACGUUUGCGGACCCAGCAGAGUGGGAGAGCCACAUGACCCAGACGCACGCCCACUCCUUUCCCGCAAACCAGCUCCGCAUUCUCUCGAAGAUGAGCCGGAGAAUGAUGCUCCCGGAAAUGGCAUGCCCUCUCUGCGCAUUUUCCGUGGACGAGGCCUCGCUCGGCAUCAACGAGCACAUCACCCAGCACCUCCACGAGUUUGCCCUGAAGGCACUCCCCUGGACAACCCGGAACCAAGACGGAAGCAGCAGCCGCAAGUCGGGCGCUCAGCCAAGCACAGAUUCCCACCUUGAUGAUCUAGAUUCCUUGGACGAUGACUACAUCUGGGACGGUCGACUUUCGGAAAUCCCCUUCGACGAUUGGCUCGCGGCCGGGGUGCAAGCCCAAGCGAAUAUGGUGGCCUCAGAGGACGCAUCGCUGCUGGGCGCGGCGAUUCUAAACCUAUCUGAUAUCAGAGGACGGUUGGUUUUGGUGAAUCUUUCUUCGGAAAUAGAAACGGAGCGAUGGGCAACUUCACUUCGCAAGAUUAGCAUCCUUUGGAACCAGCUUCUAAGAAGGCUAGAAAGAGAGGAGGCUGUAUACCGCGACGAGCUUCGUCUCAUCAAUGAAAACCUGCUUGCGGAAAAGGAAUUCCUCCAAAACGGCACCGGAGACGAGAGCACCUCCGUACGUGGACAGUCCUCACCCUGCCCAGAUGAGCAGCCUGAUCCCCAGAGACAGCGGUUACGCGAGCUGGAAUCCAAAUUGGUUUUCAUAUCCGCUCCCGACUGGUCGUGGGCGGGUAGCUUGACUGAAAGCAUCUUAUAUGAGGAACCGGUUGCAAAGAUGUGGCUAGCCCGCCCGGAUCGCUUGGACCGCUGGGACCGAUGGGAUCGAUGGGAUAGCUGCCGCUUAUUUCUUUUAGAGAACUACCUGGUCAUUAGCGAUGUUGUUGCGGAUAAAAACGGCAAUGAGAAGUACUACGUCACGGAGGAGGUUUGUGAUGUGACUGACUAUAUUAGAAGCAAAAACCGUUCCAAACUCGGCUGACAAUGUCUCUAGCCCAUCGACGUGUCUCUGCUCUUCAUCGAGCGCUUCCAAACGAUGCGGCCCUUUCCCACCCUCGCUAAGUUGCGGAGCCGCGAUCUCAUGGGCACUCUUGACCCCGAAAUCCAAACCCUGUACCCGUUCAGAAUCACACAUGCUGGCAAGACUGUCUACGAGUUGGGCGCACUCUCGGCUCAGGCGAGGACGGAGUUGUUCGAGAAGACUGGGGAAAUGAAGAGACGACACUCGAAAACCCAGCCGUUUUCUUUUGAGUUGCGUGCCUGCAGUCAGGUGUCCAUCGAUCCGUCUGGCCCGACGAUAAAUGGCGUUCCCGUCGCUUUAGAUGAUC